GGAAUUUAAAGGAGCCUUUUCGGCAAAGCUGUCUUUAGCCCAGUUUACUUCUGUCUAAAAAUAAGUGGUUGAAAACGUUCUAAAGGUCUCGCUAAAUUGUUAGCAGGCUUAUGAAGAUCGAAAGGGGAUGUUCAACUGAUCACUCCGAACUAAUGACCACCAUCCUGCACUGUCGAUGGAAAACAGAAGCAGUGUCUUGCUCAAACCAGGGUAGGGCCGCUGUCCUCCGUUCCCGAGCCGAAUCCCCACACGAUGUUGAAUUAUGAAUGCGCCACAUCAUGACUCUCUUGUGGCAGGUAACUGUGCACUGGAACGCAGCCCUGCUCUGUGCAGUCUACCUCAUGGUGCGAGCGUGGAGUGUGUGCGCCGCCCCCACCGGACCACAGAACUGCCCAGCUGUCUGCUCUUGCAGUAACCAGUUCAGCAAGGUGGUGUGUACCAGACGGGGCCUGGUCCGAGUGCCUCCUGGCAUCCCUGUUAACACUCGGCAUCUCAACCUCAUGGAGAACAGCAUUGAGGUAAUCCAGGCUGACACCUUUCGACACCUCCACCAUCUGGAGGUGCUGCAGCUCGGCAGGAACUCCAUCCGGCAAAUUGAGGUAGGGGCCUUCAAUGGCCUCACCAAUCUCAACACCCUGGAGCUGUUUGAUAACAGGUUGACCGUAAUCCCAAGUGGCGCUUUCGAGUACUUGUCUAAGCUGCGGGAAUUAUGGCUCAGGAACAACCCGAUUGAAAGCAUCCCGUCCUAUGCAUUUAAUCGUGUCCCCUCACUCAUGCGUCUGGAUUUGGGAGAACUGAAGAAACUGGAGUAUAUUUCAGAAGGUGCAUUCGAGGGAUUAUACAACUUGAAAUACCUAAACCUUGGAAUGUGUAAUCUACUUGAGAUGCCUGUCCUCUCCCCAUUGGUGGGGCUGGAGGAACUAGAGAUGUCAGAAAACUAUUUUCCAGAAAUCAAACCUGGAUCCUUUAGAGGUCUAAAAUCCUUAAAAAAGCUCUGGAUUAUGAACUCAAAAAUUACCACCAUUGAGAGAAAUGCUUUUGAUGAUGUCACAGCCUUGGUUGAACUUAACCUGGCCCAUAAUAACCUUAGCUCUUUACCCCAUGACCUUUUUGCACCAUUGAGUUACCUGGUGGAGCUGCACUUGCACCAUAACCCAUGGCGGUGUGACUGCGAUGUCGUGUGGCUGGCCUGGUGGCUAAGAGAGUACAUCCCUACCAACUCUACAUGUUGCGGCCGCUGCCACAGCCCGGCCCAUCUGCGAGGGCGCUACCUGGUAGAGGUGGACCAAACCACCUUCCAGUGCUCUGCUCCUUUUAUCCUGGAUGCUCCACGUGACCUUAACAUCUCUGCAGAGCGAGUCGCUGAGCUUAAAUGUCGCACAGCUCCCAUGUCGUCUGUCAGAUGGCUCCUGCCCAAUGGAACAGUCCUGACCCACGGCUCAAACCAUCCAAGGAUAUACGUCAUCAAUGAUGGAACCCUAAACUUCUCAAACGUGCUGACGUCCGACACAGGCGUGUACACUUGCAUGGUAACAAACAUGGCUGGAAACUCGAAUGCAUCAGCCUACCUGAAUGUGAGCGCGGCCGAGCUUAACACCUCCGAGCACCUGAGCUACUUUACCACCGUUACUGUGGAGAUAGUAGAGCCCACGUCAGAGGAGGUCGUCAAGCCUAAGACGGUCACGGCUUCGCCUUCCGUCUUCCAGCCCGUGUUUAUCUCAACUCCAACUGUGCUGCUGCAAACACCCAGACAGGUUAGCGUGCCAACCAUUCGAGAAACAGAACGCCCACCUGCCAAUCUAGACGAGGUAAUGAAGACUACUAAGAUUAUCAUUGGCUGCUUUGUUGCCGUCACGCUGCUUGCCGCGGUCAUGCUGAUCGCGUUCUACAAGCUGCGCAAGCGCCACCAACAGAGGAGCACGGUGGCAGCUGACAGGACUAUGGAGCUCUUUCAAAUGGAGGAGAAUGUUCCUCCUGCCACUUCAGGGACUACUUUACCAGGAGAUGGUGGGAUGGUGCUAGAGAGAUUGAGCUUGAGAGAUCGAAACAACACCUGCAAGUCCAGCUACAAGCCGGUGCACUCUGCUCAGUGGACAGAAAACAGCAUUGGAAACUCUCUGCAUCGCCCCCGGCCCACCACCAUCAGCACCAUUCCGGAAACCUUCCUGAACAAAACUCACACCAAGGAGAAGGUACAGGAAACUCAGAUCUAAAAACCUAAAUCCUUCUCGUCCUUUUUUUUCUGUUCCUCAUACAAAACAUGCAAUAGAAUGCACAAAGGAAAGACAGCGAUUACUUUUGUACUCAGUGCAAAAUGGGACUGUUUUUCUUGUACAUGCUUAUAUAUAAUUAUAUAAAUAUAUAAAUUAAUGAAAUAUGGGAUGACGAGAUGCAGAUUAUAUAAAACGAAUUUAAACUAUUUUCUAAUGUUAACUUCUAUUUAAGAUGGCAUACAUCGAGAAAAUGACACUACGCUGCAUAGGAGGAUGGAUUUGUCUCAAAAUGGGUAGUGGGUGGUUUUUACACCAUGCGGUCGCUAUCGAUGAUCCUGUAAGUGUCCCGAAAUGUAUCUUUACAGGUUUAAGUACUUUGAAUUUGUAAUGUGCCAAAUGUUUUAUUAAAUUUCAGCUUAAGAAGUAAAAAAUAUUGCAAACAAAUGUCCUGAGUUUGAAGCCCCAGUAGCUAUCAGCCACAUGGAUUAUACUGAAGGAUUAAUUCCAAAUUUGCUGAAUAACCACAUGGGAAAUCCCCAGCGCUGAAUUGACACCAGUGUUGUCAGACACUGAUGUUGGAAAUGAUUCAAUACUGAAGAUUUUCUGUGUUAUUUGUUUAUUAUCAGUCUGUUUUAUGUGUUUUAAUCAGCCCCCAUUCUAUGUAGGUUUUUUGUAGGUUUUUAUUUAUCCUUUUGAUCCUAUUGAUCACAUUUCCUUAUCAUUUUAAGAUCCCUGAUGGUAUUAUAGGAAUGGAGUCACUUUAGGGCUAAACUAUAGUUAACAUUUCAACAGUUGCCUCAGAUCAGUAGUGUAAGGGCUGACCAGGACGUGCAGAGACAGUCGACAGUGUGAUGCAUUAUUAACAUGACUGCUUACGACUUUUCUUUCUUGAGAAUGUGUGAACUCUAGGCUGUCCACUAUGGUGAACAUUCAAACCGUGAAUUUCCUUUGUUCUUUAUUUUGAGCAACACUAUUUUUAUGAGGAGGUUACAACAAUAAAACAUUUGGUUUGUAUUUCUCUAAUGAGAACCUUUCGCUCUGGCCUUUUCUUCACCUGCAGAAACUGCAUGUCCUUGUACAGUUGGAAGGAAACCGUGUGGAUCAUCGUUUCAUGGUCGAAGCUGUGGAUUUGUUGAUUUUUUUUAUAAUGAUGAUUCACACAAUGAUAAUGAUUCACAUUUAGUCCCAGAUUAAAGGGUUUGUGAAAAAAACUGUGGUUAAUUGGUAGAAGCUUCUUUGAUACAUUUCCUGAUGAUCAUGCACAUGACAUGUUUGCACACUAUGGGUGUGUUUGAAAAUCUAGUGAGCUCUCUACAUCUCUGCAUUUUACGUCAUCCUACGCUCGCUCCCGAGAAGGAGGCUGUUAGAAAUCCUAGAUGUCUUAAUAUCCUCACUAGUAAGGUAUCUUAAAAUUUCAACUGUAUUUUGACUGAAUAAAGAGGGAGCAUCCAAUGCUGUCUUAGCAGUGAAGG